UGUUAAAUGCGCUGUCUUUAUUUUUUAUUCAAUUAAUCUCUCCUUCCCGAAUUUUGGCUGCUUUGAAUCGUCUCUAACCCCGAGGACCCAGGUUCUACACACAAACUUAACGAAAAAUAAAAACAAAAGUAAGAGAAGCCACACGCAGAAUUUCGGAAACCAUCGCACAAGCUUCCAUAGAUUUCGUCUCUCUUCUUCCUUCCCGUUUCUUCCUCUCCCCCCACAUCUCUCUCCAGCUCUGCCUCACAGAUCCGUGAUCCAUUUUCCUUUUCCAGCAGGCUAUAAAGUGUAGUUAGCGCUUCUCCUAUAAAAAGCAGUGUCUCAUCUUUGAAUAUGAAGAAAGCAUUUGGUCAAACUGUCAGAGACCUCAAGAGAGGGGUCAACAAGAAAGUGCUUAAAGUACCUGGAAUAGAACAGAAGGUUCUAGAUGCUACCAGCAAUGAGUCCUGGGGUCCGCAUGGAUCACUUCUUGCGGACAUUGCUCAUGCUUCGAGAAACUACCAUGAAUACCAGCUGACCAUGGGAGUAUUAUGGAAACGUCUUAGUGACUCUGGAAAAAAUUGGCGGCAUGUCUAUAAGGCAUUGACAGUCUUGGAGUACAUGGUAGGCCAUGGAUCAGAACGUGUCAUAGAAGAGAUUAGAGAACAUGCAUAUCAAAUUACGACAUUAUCUGGCUUUCAGUAUAUUGAUUCCAGCGGUAAAGAUCAAGGUAGCAAUGUCAGGAAGAAGGCGCAGAGCCUUGUGGCUUUGGUUAAUGACAAAGAAAGAAUAGCGGAGGUCAGAGAGAAGGCUGCUGCUAACAGAGACAAAUAUCAUAACUCAAUGCAUAGGCCGUCAGGAGGAUAUGGGGACAAAUAUGAUUACGAAGGCCGCUAUGGAGACAGAGAUGAAGGGCGAAGUAGUUAUGGGAGAGAGAGAGAAUAUGGUUACAAAGAUGAUGAUAGAAAUAGUCGUGACGGCGAUCGUUAUUCUAGAGACUCUGAAGACCGAUAUGGAAGAGAUGGUAACAGGGAUGAUGAAUCCCGUGGAAGGAGCAGAAGUGUUGAUAAUUACAAUGGAUCAAGAGGUAGGAGCUCGGACAGGGAACGGCCUAUUGAGGAUGAUGGCCAAUCCUCAUCGCGGGACAGUGGUGCGCGAGCUGAUGAUCAUUCUCAAGAUGGGAGAGGGGGGCUUGAGAGGAAGUUCUCUGAACAAAAUAUUGGAGCUGCUCCACCUAGUUAUGAAGAAGCUGUCAGUGAAUCACGGAGCCCUGUAUACAGUGAAAGGGAUGGUGGAGAGACCCCACAAAUUGCUCCUCCAGGAGCUGCUGCUUCUCCUCUUGCUGAAAACAGCAGCGUGGACAACAAAGCUGCUGAUUUUGUUAAUGAAUCACCUCCUCAGCAAGUUGAGGCUUUUGAUGAAUUUGAUCCACGAGGUUCAGUUUCAGCAGCACGUGCACCUACAGCUGGUGCUUUGGCUCCUGCACCUAUCCCACCAACAGUGGUUUCUACGCCUGUUCCGCCUGCCCCAAUUAAUGCCGAAAUGGAUUUGCUUGGCUCUCUUUCAGAUGUAUUUUCACCAAAUCCCUUGGCUAUUGUAACAUCUGAUUCCACUUCUGUUGAAACCAAUGGACAAGCAAACACUGGUCCAGCUCCAUCGUUUUCUACUUCUCAGUCAUCUACUCAGCCUUUUGAUGAUCCAUUUGGUGACUCUCCUUUCAAAGCCAUCACUUCUGCUGACACUGACCCAAGCCAUCAUCAGAGUUUUGGAGUUCCUUUUCAGCCAACACCACCAACUUCAAAUCCUGACAAUGAACAUAAUUUUGGUUUUGGGGAAGCAUUUUCAGCUGUUCCCAGUUCUGAACCUGGCUCUCAAGCUCCACCGAACUCAUCUGUCUUUCCUCAAGAGCAGUUUGAUACAUCGCAGAGCGAAAUCGAUAUUCUUGCCGGCAUUCUCCCACCAUCUGGACCGCCAGUUUCUCUGUCUCCACAACCAGAUUCCACUAUGCCAAGAUCCCAAUUUCCUCCCAAUGGUAACUCCUAUGAAAGCUAUCAUCAUCAGGCGGCGCCUACAGAUCUAAACAUGCCAGGACAAACACCGUUUGGUCAAGCUUCACAACAAUAUAACAUGGUUUCCCAUUCGAAAAAUCAUCAUGAAGGUAUGCAAUUCAACAAUGGGGGCUUCACGCAACAGCCAGGCUAUGCAGGUUCAGCUACUUCUCAACCUCCACAAUAUACUCCUGGUGUAUCUUCACACCCAACAAGUGAGAAUUUUCCUCACCAACCAGGUUCUGCCACCUCAGCAAGCUUGCAAAAUCCUUACGCUACUACAUCCAAUUCAGCUGGUCAGUUUGAAGGUGGAAAUUUUAUGACACAGCAACCUUAUGGUGUGACACAGCAAGUUCAUGCUGCCCCUUCCCAUAUACCACAGCGAACUCAAUCUGGACCUGUUGCAGCGUACGGGAAUAAUAACAAUAUCGUUGGAGAUAUGCACCAACCUGGUUCUGCCCCGUCAUCAAGCUCGCAAACCCCUUACCCUACCACGCCCAAUGCACCAGCUGGUCAGUUUGAUGGUGGAAAUUUUAUGACACAGCAACCUUAUGGUGUGACACAGCAAGUUCAUGGUGUCCCUUCCCAUAUACCACAGCGAACUCAAUCUGGACCUGUUGCGGCGCACGGGAAUAGUAACAAUGUUGUUGGAGAUAUGUUUUCACCAUCUGGACUAAGUUCCUUGGAGACAUCAGCAUCUCAACCAUCUCUCACACCUUUAACAGGAGCAAUUGAGAUUGUUCCUCAAAACCAGAAGAAGUUUGAGCCAAAAUCAACAAUCUGGGCUGACACAUUAAGCAGAGGGCUGGUUAACUUCAACAUUUCUGGACCGAAAACAAAUCCAUUGGCGGAUAUAGGAGUUGACUUCGAGGCAAUCAACAGGAAAGAGAAACGGCUAGAAAAACCAACUACCGCACAACAAGUAACAUCAACUAUCAACAUGGGUAAAGCCAUGGGAUCUGGUACUGGCUUAGGCCGCGCUGGUGCAGGUGCUAUGAGACCUCCAACAAAUUCAAUGGUAAGCUCAAGCAUGCCCACGGGCAUGAAUGUUGGUGGCUAUGGAGGUAUGAACCAAAACCAUCCCAUGGGCUACCAACACCAACCCAUGGGCAUGAACCAAAACCAUCCCAUGGGCAUGAACCAAAACCUUUCCAUGGGAAUGAACCAGAACCAUCCCAUGGGAAUGAACCAAAACUAUCCAAUGGGAAUGGGCAUGAACAUGAACAUGGGCGGGUAUGGACAAGGCUAUCCGAUGCAACCACAACAAGGAAUGGGCAUGGCUCCUCCUGGUCCACCACAAGGCAUGACCGGUGCCUAUAAUCCAAUGAUGGGUCAAGGCGGUUACAACCCUCAGCAGCAGCAACCUUAUGGUGGAGGUUACCGGUAAGAUUCGAGCCAAUCACGGUUACCCAUUUUACUUAUCACACUAGUAAAAAAGAAUAUCAAAGAACAGAACACAAUCAUUUUGACCUGGAUUUGUAAAUUUUUUGGUCGGUUCAGGUAAGUUGGGUUUGGUCAGUCAUAUUAUUGGAUUAAUACCUCGGGUUCAUCACAUAUUUUGCCUUUUCUUUCCAAAAAAUAGUUCUCCACCGAUUUGAGUUUUGUUAGGAAAUUUGUAUCGGGUAAAGAGAGAAAGAGAGGGGCACAACCUUCACUCGGGUUUUGCUAUAUACAUAUGUAUUUUGGUAUUAUACAUCUUUUUUUUGUAACACAUUUUCCACUCACGUAACAAUAAAAAAAUUAUUUCAAUGUC